AUGGAAUUGCUUGACGACAGUUGGGACCUACCAGUCUCGAAAAAUAUCAACAGAGAUCUCUUUGCUGAUUACACAGACGAAACAACGUUUGAUGUAGAUAGCUUUCUUCUGGAGAACAACUUUCAUUAUGUGCCGCUAGACAUAUUGACCCGGGACCUGACUGGGUUAACUAAAGAAAUGGACCAGGCUCUGCUGGAUGCAUCGAGUCGCAGCUAUAGCAACUUUGCGAAACUUUGCAAGCAGUUUUCAGAUACCGCGGAAACGAGACCUGAACUGCAAAUUGUCAAGCUCGAUCUUGCUCAGUUUUUAACUCAGUUGAGUAAUCUUACAGAGAGCGAUAUUUCAAAUACGAAAGAAAUCGUGGGGGACACUGUGGACUACCUCAAAACGCUUGAUAAGCUUUCGGUAGCUUUACAAGAUUCGCUGACUCUACAUGCGGGGCUUCAAUUGGCGCAUAAGCUAUGCCAAGCCCUGGAAAAGCUGUGCGCGGACGAUCAGUUCUUUGAACCAACGUUGUGUGGAGAUUUGGCAUUGCAAAUGCACGAAGUAACCGCUGAAAACCGCACGAAACUACUGCAACUGCAAGACACUGAAUCCCCACUCAUACUGCAGCUCAGAUCAGAGUCCCACAACGUUACUUCCCGGUUCCAAGCCUGUCUCCACGUUCUGUGUGACAAGUGUCUCGCAAAUCCGGGUGAAACGCAUACAUUAGGUUUAAAAAUUGCGACAAUUAUACCAAAAUCCCUAUAG